AUGAGCUCGCUGACGGCGAGGCUCGCUCUGCUGGCGUACCUGCUGCUCGCGACGCUGCUGCACCCCUGCCUCUGCCAUGCAACGGCGGCGGCGGCCGCUCGUGGCGCCGGCAACUGGAGAGUGGAUUCGAAAUCGGUCGACCAGGGGGUCGCGUACGUCCUCAUCCUCCUCGCGCUCUUCGUCACCUACAUCGUGCACUGA